UAGGCCCAUUAAAAAAAUCAAGUGAUAAGAAACGCAAUUUGAACAAGACUGAGAAGGAACCUAAUAACUCUAUCUUUGAUAAUGAUAAAAAACACAAAUCAGACAAUGAAGUUAAAACUGACGACGCAGUAUCGAAUGAAGAAGUUUCUGCGUUUAAUAAUAAAUUAACGGCGUUUACUGCUAAAAUGUUUAUUGAUGUGCCACCUAAAGCUUUUGAAGAUUUCGACCAAGGAGUUUAUACAUAUACUUAA